UGAGUGACUGCCAGACUGACUGUCCGUUGUUAAAUAGCGUAGUGGUUACAUUCUGCCACACAGAAGAAUGGUAUCAAAUUAGGAUUGGUUGAGGAUAAACUAAAACUUUGCUGGCUACUAGCUUCAGUAGCUACAUAUAGAGUCAGUCUGGACUCAUUGUGAAUCAUGUGACUGAAGAAGGAGGGGGAAACAGGAUUGGGAAUCUCACCAGGCUAAGGAGAGACCAACUGAGCCACUGAGUACAGUCCUCCCUCUUCUCCCCACCCAUUACCUACACCUCACCUGAGCUCCUCCCGAGUCUCCAGCUCAACCUUCUUCUUUAAGCCUACUGGAUUAAGUGUCAGUUGUAUGACUGAGGACUGCAUUUCAGCCUUUACCACUUUAUGGUUGAAGAUUCUGCCACGUAAAUGCUGGACCUGGUGGUGUGCAACUCAUUAACUGUGCUACUUUAUUUCGCCGUUUUUACGAAGGUCUUACGCCAUCUUUGACAAAACCCAACAAGAAUGCAUACUCAGAUCUUGUGAAGUGCUCCUGAGAUACAACAUACUGUUGUUUGGUAAUCAGACAUUCCCCGUUUUACCUGUGGAUUGACCCUAGAGUCUUGGCUUCUCUAAGUGCUUUGGAUAAUGUUUGGCCCUGGACAGUUGGUCUCCACUCUUCUACCCACGGUCUUCCACUCCUCUGCGGCUCACUUCUUCCCUGCGUUCCCCACCAGACUGGGCUCUCCUCCACAGCUUCUGAUCCCUGGGCCCCUGAUAAGUUAUGAAUCCUUGCGGAGUUACCUGCAACCAGAGCCCUGCAAGGAGGCACUGCUCCUGGCCACACAGGCUGCCGGGAUGGGACAGUUCACGGACAGCAUGGAUGAACAGAGGCCAGUGAAGCAGCGUCGUGCUAGGGCCAACUACAGCAGCUGGCAGCUGGAGGAGCUGGAGAAGGCCUUUGAGACCACCCACUAUCCUGACGUCUUCAUGAGGGAAGCCCUGGCCCUCAGACUGGACCUCAUUGAGGCAAGAGUCCAGGUGUGGUUUCAGAAUCGCCGUGCUAAGAUGCGGAGGCAGCUGAAGCUUCAGGGCCAGCUAGGAGAACCAUUUCCUAGGAAAGAACACAGCGAGUAUGUAAUAGACAAACCUAACAAGAGCUUACCAGAGCCAGAGAGCUCAGAGGGCGAGCACUGGGACAGGGGGCCGGUGGAGAAAGGAAACCAUCCCUGGACUAAACUGCCUCGUGUGGCUAUUGUGACCCUUCCCACGCAGAAUAUCGUCCCGGGACCAGCCAGGGAAUGGGAGGGGGUGGACGGGCCCAGUGUAGAGGAGUUCCGCUCCUGUAGCAUUGCCAAGCUGCGGGCCAAGGCUAGGGAGCACAAGGCUGAAAUCCACAGCACAGUGGCUAGGUCAGUAGGAGUGGAGACAGCGGCUCGGGAGUCAAAAACACAGGACACACAUGACAAAGGUAGCCGUUGAUGAACCUGCCUUUACCUGCUCUGCUUUUACAGACAGGUUCCUAAAACCAAGGUUUCCUUAAUGUUAAGGCAACGUGUCUGACUACCCAUUACAUACAGUAUUAUUUUAUUCAAUGAUAUAAACACUUACAAAAAGGUUUCGAUUUUUUUCAUCCUAAUAAUAUUGAUGUUUUGUGUGUUUUGAAAUGCCAUAUUUCUUAUGUAAGAAUAAAUGAAAUACUCAGCAUAGGAAGAGGUAAAAAAUGCUUUCACACAUAUAUAGUUUAGAGCAACAUCUUGAUAUAUUAUCCUUGUAUUGUCCCUGUACAUGUUUGCUGAACUACAUCCGUUUCUACUGUA